CUCAUUCAAAACUUUUAAAACUAAACCCCUCCUUCUCUUUCCCCAUUUUCUAUAUGCAACAAAACCCUAGAACUAUACAAUCUUCAAAUCCUCUCCCCUGCUAUCAUCUUACCAUGCAUCCUCACCCCUACACCGUCGAUUCUCUCUCUAAAUCACAAGACCUCGCCUCCGCAAUCCUCUCUUCCUCUACUCCUGCCCAGAUCUCCUCUGUCUGCGCCUCCAUCGAGUCUUUUUUACACUCUCACACUCCUGAUCAGUCUCGCCACUUCUUCUCCCUCACCUUUCCGACUCUAAUUUGCAAGCUCUACGGCUUCGGUGAUGCCUCAUCUCCCCCAAAUGGACCGCACUUCGCUUCAUCCAAUGUUGGCUGGAUCGAUAUUAUUCUCCAAUCGGAUGACGCCGAUCUUGCUUCUAAAGUCUUCAACCUCCUCUCACCAAAUGGUAUGGUUUUUCAGUCAAUUUUCGCCGUUGAUCGUCAGUCCCUUGUCAAAUACGUGUUUCCAAUCGAGCGGUUGCCUGAGUGGGCCCGGUUCAUGCUAUCAAGCGAGAGAGAUUGUCAGGUCUUGAACAAUCUUUGCCCUCUCUUUAGAGAUAAAGUCAAGGAGGAUUCAAUUAAAGGGUCUUUGUAUUAUCAAGUACAAUUAAACGUUUUUGAGUAUUUCAUGUUUUGGUUUGCUUAUUAUCCUAUCUGCAAAGGGAAUGGCGAAAAUUUAAACAAUACACCUGUGAGAAGAACUAGAAAGUUAAAAUUGGAGAAUUGGGCCUCGUCCUUUCCUGGGUUUUCGCAUUCUAAGCGAGGAAAUGAACAGAAAUUGGAGUCCAAUCUCUAUGUGCGGCUUUUGUAUGCAUAUCUUCGAGCCUUUGUGCCUGUACGUGAUUUGGAUUCACAUCAGCCGUACCGUAGCUCGCUUUUGCAUUAUAGGCAUGGAAAUGAUGGGUCAAUUUUGCUGAGAGCGGAGUUUUUUGUUGAUACAUUGGUGCAUUAUUGGUUGGUUGAUAAUGAUUUCUCGCCUUUGCCUGUUAGUGUUUGCAAGUCAUUUGGAUUAUCCUUUCCGCUCAGGUCAGUAUUAGGUGAGACUCCACCAACACCUAAUUUAGGUGAAGUGGUCAAGUUGUUAGUUAAGUACUUGAACUUGAGUGCAAAUGUGGUCAAAGUGGGUUCUGAUGGUGUGGACAGCCUGAAAUGGAGUAGAGUUUCUUUGGGUUCAUUUGAUGCGAAAUCAAGUGAAUUUGCUGUAUCUGUAAAUGAUUCUAUGUGUGCAGGCGGCUCGUGGAAUUCAUGGAUUCAAAGACCAGUUUAUAGAUUUGUUUUGAGGACAUUUCUAUUUUGUCCAGUUGGAACUUCAAUAAAGAAUGCUUCGCAGGUAUUCUCAGUUUGGGUUAGUUAUAUGGAGCCUUGGAAGAUUGGAUUAGAUGAUUUUGUGGAGUUGGAUGUCAUUGUAGAUGGAUUGGGGAAAGGUGAAAAUGAGAGAAGUACAGAGGAGGGGUAUUCAUCUCUGUGGCAGGAUUAUGUGUUGUCUAAUUACUUGUACUACAAUUCCUUGAUUAUGCACUUCAUUGGGUUCGCACACAAGUUUCUUCACACCGAUCCAGAACAGAUAGUUCAGAUGGUAUUGCAGGUUAUGAGAAUACUGACAUCAUUCAAAGAGUUGACUGAUCUGAUAAAGAACAUGGAUGCUGUUUUUCAUUCCAAACAAGCUGGAUCAGGCAAAUCAAUGCUUAACAGCUUGUAUAGAUAUGUUCCUUUGAUUCGUGAACAGUUGCAGGAUUGGGAGGAUGGUUUAUCUGAGAGUGAUGCUGAUGGAUCUUUCUUGCAUGAGAAUUGGAACAAAGAUUUAAGACUCUAUAGUGAUGGGGAGGAUGGUGGACAACAGCUCCUUCAGUUGUUUAUAUUACGCGCUGAAGCUGAGUUACAAGCUAAUUCUGGUGAUAACAUUGGACACAAUCUUCAGCUUAUAGAUUCAUUGAAGGCACAUGUAAGCUGCUUAUUUGGAGGUUAUACUGUAAAACCAAUUUCAUUUACACCAGAAACAAAACAGGGUGAACAAUUGCGAGACGAAAUAUUCAAGCCUAGAAGAGUUGGCAAUCAGGCAUUGACUGAUGUCAAAUACAAGGGUGACUGGAUGAAACGCCCCAUUUCUGAUGAUGAGGUAGGAUGGCUUGCAAAAUUGCUUGUUUAUUUUUCAAGUUGGCUGAAUGAAAAUCUGGGCUUGAAUCGGUCAGAGAGCAGUGAUUUAAGCCGUGAAUGGUCAUAUGUGGAGGUGUCAAGUGAAGUUGAAAGUGUGUGUGGACCUGCAGAGACUACAAAGAUGGUGUUGUGUGGUAUUGCUUGUUGGUUUCUGGAACUGGGUGCCACAGUAGUGAGAUUAAUGAGAAAGCAUGGUCUGAGAGUGAACCUAAGGAUGCUAGCGUCGAAGAAGAUUGUGAUGGUGUUGCUGUUGUCUAUUAUAUUCAGUUUAUUGAAGAAAGCUUUUGGACUGUUCCAGAGAGUGUAGAUAAGAGUGAAGUACAGGAAAAAGAUGAAAAUUAUAGAUUGGAUUUUUUGGUUAAAAUAACAGAAAAAUGGUAGAGAAGAAGAGAAGGAAAAGAAUGUUUUUCUUGCAGGUUUUGCUGCUAUCUUUCUUUUUGUUUUCAUCUUAUUGUAUAUAAGAAUUAAAAGUUUUAUAAGGUUUCCGGAAGUGCUUUAUUUCUGUUCUUAAAUUUGUAAUUACUCUGGUUUUGUUGGGUCUAAAAUUUCAAUACUCGGGAUAAUGAAAUUUAGAAUACAGGAGUAUAAGAGUCAUUUAAGAGUUUGAUAUUUUAUGUAUUUAUAAAUAUUUUGAUUUGGUGAGUUGUA